ACGCCGGUUGACACGCCGCGUGUGCUCGCUCACAUAUAUUUUCCCCUCCUGUUGUUCUUCACGCAUUUGUGCACUGCAGAGCAACACGAAAGAGCACCACUUGGACUAAAUUGGUCGAGAGCGUUGACUGAUGAAAGGCGAAUAGUGUGAUCACAGACAUGUGCCCAUCGAGCUUUUGGCGAAAAGUUCGGCCGAAUCCACUCGUCUUCAUAUUUUGCGUCAGCUCGUGUUGCUUCACAUUUGGAUUAUGUAUAGCUAUUUAUGACAUUAAUAAUUUUGGAAGCGGUCUGUACCUGGCACUGGUGUCAAUUGUCACAGUUGUGGUUGUUGUAGCGUUUUGCCUAGUUGGAACCGAAGAUCAGACUGAGCCCACAGUGGCGAAAAAAGUAUGGUCAACGACGCGCCAAACAAUGCGACGAUUUAAAAAGGAACCGUCGUCGAGGAUGCCUGCCGGUAUCGAAAUUCGAAUCGUCAAUAUUGACCUGGAAGCUGAAGGAGCAAGAAGUUGUUCUUCAUCAAGCGAUCAUCAUUCCCCUGCUAAUGAUUCAUCGGUAUGAAUUUAUUAUCUUGAUAUCUCUAGAAAAAUAUCGGAAAUCGUCUAAGAAUUUCCCUCUGCCAAAGGUUGUUUCAAUGUACAUAGUAAUCUGAAAAAUAAUUCAAUUAUUCGCUUUUUUUUGCGGCAACUCACAUGUUGCUUGUCCGGCUUAAUGAUACGCGGUGGUGUAUAACACAUACAAUAAAGAUUAUGAUCA